CAGUGAGUUUAUGAGACUAAAGUGGACCCAAAACAUGUAAUUAGGACUCUCACGCUCUCUGUUUGUCACGUUCCUUCAUGGGGUGUGGUGGUGGGUGACAAUGUUUGUAUUCACUUAAAAAAAUGUGUUUCUGUUUGUGUGUGUGUCGUAACAAAAGAGGAAGGGGCACAACACAAAUCUUAAAUCAUAGGAGAAAUAAAAAAAAAAACUAAAAAGUGAAGUAGAGAAUGAAUGGAAUCACUCACCUUGAACAAGGUGACUCUGAGUUUGUUGAACUUGAUCCAACUGGUAGAUAUGGCAGAUACAAUGAAAUCCUCGGCAAAGGAGCUUCAAAGACAGUAUAUAGAGCGUUUGAUGAGUAUCAAGGGAUUGAAGUUGCUUGGAAUCAGGUCAAGCUUUAUGAUUUCCUUCAAAGUCCUGAAGAUCUUGAGAGGCUUUACUGUGAGAUUCAUCUCUUGAAAACACUGAAACACAAAAACAUUAUGAAAUUUUACACCUCUUGGGUCGAUACUGCUAAUAGGAAUAUCAACUUUGUCACUGAAAUGUUCACCUCUGGUACACUUAGACAGUAUCGGUUAAGGCACAAGAGAGUUAACAUAAGAGCGGUGAAGCAUUGGUGCAUACAGAUCCUGAGAGGACUUCUGUAUCUACAUAGCCAUGACCCGCCAGUGAUCCAUCGAGAUCUCAAAUGUGAUAACAUUUUUGUGAAUGGAAAUCAAGGGGAAGUCAAAAUCGGGGAUCUUGGCCUUGCAGCAAUUCUUCGAAAAUCGCAUGCUGCACAUUGUGUAGGAACACCCGAGUUCAUGGCACCUGAAGUGUACGAAGAGUCGUAUAAUGAACUAGUUGACAUAUAUUCCUUUGGAAUGUGCUUAUUAGAGAUGGUCACAUUUGAAUAUCCCUACAGCGAAUGUACUCAUCCGGCUCAAAUAUACAAGAAAGUUAUUUCAGGUAAAAAGCCAGAUGCUUUGUAUAAAGUUAAGGAUCCAGAAGUGCGACAAUUUAUUGAUAAAUGCUUGGCCACAGUGUCUUUAAGGCUUUCUGCAAAAGAGCUUCUAGACGACUCUUUUCUUCGAAUAGAUGAUUAUGAAUAUGAUUUGAGACCUGUAGAUAGUGGAGAAUUCGACGACUUCAUUCCCCUCAUCAGAGAUCCGCUUUUUGAUUUUCGUCGGAGCUAUAGUAACUUCAGUAAUGAAUACUCCAAUGGUUUUGGAUAUGAAGGAGACUCGUAUUCUCAUCCAGCUGAGAAUGAACAUUGUGGAAUAGAACUUUUCGAGCACCAUGAUGAUGAACCCUCCGAACAUGUUGACAUAAGUAUCAAGGGCAAGCAGAAAGACGACGGUAGCAUAUUUUUAAGACUAAGAAUUUCAGAUAAAGAAGGCCACGUUCGGAAUAUUUAUUUCCCAUUUGACAUAGAGAUGGACACAGCAAUAAGCGUGGCGACUGAGAUGGUUGCAGAACUUGACAUAACCGAUCAGGAUGUUACCAGCAUUGCCGAGAUGAUAGACGGAGAAAUUGCUUCUUUGGUACCUGAAUGGCAAUCAGGACCAGGAAUCGUCGAAACUCCCCGUUUUGCAAAUCAAGGCUUCUGCCGCAAUUGUGUGUCGAAUCAUACUUCAAGUGGCUCCCUCAUGGAUUACCUUUCGCAUAAUCAGGGUAACUUGCAACUUCCCGAAUAUUGUAAGCACGGAUGUGCCUCAAUGCACGGCCGGUUCGAGGAGAUUACUUUCCCAUCCGAGGAGUGUGACAAUCAUGUUAGAGAGAAUCUGAACGUAUCAAACCGAUCGGACAGUUUACAAUAUCAAGGGGUAUGGAAUCAGCAUGAAAGCCGUGAACUGAGUCCGGUGGAAUCUGAUCAAAGUCAUUCCGACGAACAAAACGAACAAUUAGAUAAAUCAAUAUCAGCUGAAGAUCAAGGACAGAUUGUUUCGGAAAAUAAGUUUCCCCCGAAUGCAACAAUUUCCCCAAGAUAUUCAUCAGGAACUCAUGAUUUCUCCAAUAUCCGCUCGUUAUAUUGCGCUCUCAACAAUGAUUACGAGAAAGAGAUCCAAAAGGAACUAAGAUGGCUCAAAGCAAGAUACCAAAUGGAGUUACGAGAACUUAAGGAUCAACAACUCGGGAUAACAGAUAAUAAAUCCUAUCGUAACGGAGAGCACAAGACAGAUUACUCCGUUAUAAAAGGAGGAAUCAAUGGAAUUCAGCCGAAACCUGUUCGUAAAAGCAGCCCCGAUUCGGACGCUGAAAGGACCGAAAAUUGUGAGGCGAUGGAGUCCCCCGGAGAAGGUAUAGUUACUGCAAAGAGUUUUUAUACCGGCUCGUUGCUUCCGCAUUCUCUGCACAGGACAGUUUCCCUCCCUGUUGAUGCAUUUGAUAUAUAAUUUUCGUGAAUUCUUUUGUAGAUUAUAGAGUUUAUACAUGAAUUUUCACAUGGAGGCUAUCGGGUGAAUUGAGAUUGGAUGAUUGACAUUAUAAUUUUGCAUUUUGAAUUUGGUUUCUAAAGUCGAAAUGCAAAUCAUUAAACCUUUA